UUAAUCAAAUGCAUAUCAAAACUCGCUUGGAUAUAAUUCCCUAAUGAAAGAUAUUGUAAUAAGAAAGUUAUUACGAAAAAUAUACAAAUGGUGUUGAAAAGGCCAUUAAAUUCUAUAUGGACAAAAAACUAUACGCAUAAUUAUUAUAAAAAUGUUUGACAGCGAUGAGGAAUGCGACGAGGGAAGUGGGCUUAACCUAACAUUUUUCUUGUUUGGAAAUGUUGAUAAAUUUGGGCGAUUAGAUGACGAUUUCUUUGAUACUGAACUUAAAAACAAUUUAUCUUUGCUUAAUAGAGCACCAGAAUUAAAACCAAUAAUUAAAGAUAUAUUAGAAGACUACCCAAAUGAUUCACCUAGUGGUGAUAAUAAUGAUAACAGUUCUAAUGUUUUUGAAACAAAUAAUGAAGCCACAGAUAUUGACUUUUCUAAUAAGUCACCCACCGCCGAAGAUUUUUUUGGCAUACAAGAACUGGCAGAAGAAUGUAGCGAUACACUGGUUAAAAAGAAAUCUGAUGAUGAGAUGUCCAUUGAGGAUAUAGAAGAGAAUAUAUCAGAAAAGACAUAUAUUAACAAUAUUAAUUCAAAUAUUGGUAUUAUUUCCGGGCAUGAUAGAAAUGAUACUAAUCAAGGAAAUAGUGCAUCAAAUGCCAACGAUAACAUACUUAUGCCUCCUCCUGGUCAAAAGAGUUCUGAAGGAAAAGACAAUAGUUUGGCUGAUGAUGAUACCAUGAACAAUUCUGACAGCAAGAAAAAAUUAGAAACACCACUUGCUGCUAUGCUACCUUCGAAAUAUGCAGGUGUUGAUGUAACGGAACUGUUCCCAGAUUUUAGGUCUGAUAAAGUUUUACGCUUCUCCAGAUUAUUUGGCUUAGGAAAACCAAGCAGUUUGCCUCAUAUUUGGCGCAAUGUACGAAGGAAACGUAAAAAACGAAAGUAUAGAAUAACUGAUGAGCCUAUAUCAUUAAAUGAAGGAAUUCAAAACGAACACAAGUGGAAAUUGUCAUUUGCGCCGCCACCGACUGACCCAGAAUUACUAGCCAGCGAUGAUGAGGAUCAUCUCUUGAAAGAGGUAUCUGAUGAAGCAACUAUAAACAAUGAUGAGCAAGGUGAUCAGAAUGAUUUAGGACCAAAAGCUGCUGACUGGCGCUUUGGCCCUGCUCAGUUGUGGUAUGAUAUGUUAGAAGUUCCGGAAUCAGGAGAAGGCUUUGACUAUGGAUUCAAGCUCAAAGAAAAAGAGCAACCCCAAACUGACGUUAAUGAAGAUAAUGCUGAUUCAACUAUACCCGAUGAUGCAUUUUUGAUGGUGUCACAAUUACGAUGGGAGGAUGAUGUAGUAUGGGAUGGAAAUGAUAUUAAGCACAAGGUCUUACAAAAGUUGAACUCCAAAUCUAAUGCUGCAGGAUGGUUGCCGAGUAGUUGCAGUAGAACAGCUGGUGCUUUCAGUCAGCCUGGAGCAGCUAAAGGAAUUCAGAAUGUACAAAGGCCAGGAAUUCUUGCCAAUGCUUCUGUCAAGCAAAAUAAGACGCCAAUAAUUCCACCAAAAUCCAAAGAAGAAGUUGAUGAUACUUGGUACAGUAUAUUUCCUGUCGAAAAUGAGGAACUUGUAUAUGGAAAAUGGGAAGAUGAUGUAAUAUGGGACGCACAGGCUAUGAAUAAGAUACCUAAACCUAAAAUACUUACUCUUGAUCCAAACGAUGAGAAUAUCAUUUUAGGAAUUCCUGAUGAUAUUGAUCCUAGCAAAAUUCAGCAAGACACUGGACCAGCUCCAAAGGUGAAGAUUCCUCAUCCUCAUGUCAAAAAGUCUAAAAUCCUUCUCGGGAAAGCCGGUGUGAUCAACGUGCUUCAAGAAGAUGCUCCACCGCCACCACCGAAAUCGCCUGAUAGAGAUCCUUUCAAUAUUUCUAAUGAUGUGUAUUACAUGCCGAGAUCAUUAGAAUCGUCAAUGCGACUUAAGGUCGGAGGCGGAAAUUUAAUCCAACAUUCUACACCUGUUGUUGAAUUGAGAGCGCCAUUUAUACAGACUCAUAUGGGGCCUAUAAAGCUGCGGAACUUCCACAGACCACCUUUGAAGAAAUUUUCUCAUGGGCCAUUGGCGACUCCGUCCGCUGUGCCUGUAAAUCCCUUAUUGAAGCAUAUCAAGAAGAAGGCAAAACAACGAGAGCAGGAGCGUAUGGCAUCAGGCGGAGGCGAUGUUUUUUUCAUGAGGACGCCCGAAGAUCUAUCUGGAAAAGAUGGAGAAUUGGUGCUCAUUGAAUUUUGUGAGGAACAUCCUCCACUUAUGAAUCAGGUUGGCAUGUGCUCAAAAGUGAAAAAUUAUUACAAACGUAAGGCCAGCAAAGAUAACGGCCCUGAAGAGUUUCGUUAUGGAGAAAUUGCAUACGCCCAUACAUCACCGUUUCUUGGUAUAUUGCCACCUGGGAAGUCCAUGCAAGUCAUCGAAAAUAAUAUGUAUCGUGCUCCUAUUUACGAACAUGCUAUACCAAAAACUGACUUUUUGAUAAUCAGGACAAGAACUUCAUAUAGUAUUCGAGAAGUGGAUGCGUUAUUUGCUGCAGGACAAGAGUGUCCAUUGUUUGAAGUGCCGGGACCAAACUCAAAAAGAGCAAAUAAUUUUGUGAGAGACUUCUUGCAGGUGUUUAUUUAUCGUCUAUUCUGGAAAAGUAAAGAUAAUCCAAGACGAAUCAAAAUGGAUGAUAUAAAGAAAGCUUUUCCAUCACACUCAGAAAGCAGCAUUCGAAAGCGACUGAAGUUAUGUGCUGAUUUCAAAAGAACGGGUAUGGACAGUAAUUGGUGGGUUAUAAAACCUGAGUUUCGUCUACCAUCAGAAGAGGAAAUUAGAGCAAUGGUAUCACCAGAACAGUGCUGCGCCUACUUCAGUAUGAUUGCUGCAGAGCAAAGACUUAAGGAUGCAGGUUAUGGUGAAAAGUUCAUAUUUGCGCAACAAGACGAUGAUGAUGAAGAAAUGCAGUUGAAGAUGGAUGAUGAAGUCAAAGUUGCCCCGUGGAACACAACACGGGCUUACAUUCAGGCAGUACGGGGAAAAUGUUUAUUGCAGUUGACUGGCCCUGCUGAUCCUACAGGCUGUGGAGAAGGAUUCUCUUAUGUUCGGAUUCCUAAUAAACCGACGCAAACUAAAGAAGAGCAAGAAUCGCAACCAAAACGAACUGUUACUGGAACCGAUGCAGAUUUAAGAAGAUUAUCACUCAAUAAUGCGAAGGCGCUCUUGCGAAAGUUUGGUGUUCCCGAAGAAGAGAUUAAGAAAUUAUCUCGUUGGGAGGUUAUUGAUGUUGUUCGUACAUUAUCAACAGAAAAAGCAAAAGCCGGUGAAGAAGGCAUGACGAAAUUUUCUAGGGGAAAUCGAUUUUCAAUUGCAGAACACCAGGAAAGAUAUAAAGAAGAAUGUCAAAGAAUAUUUGAUCUCCAAAAUCGCGUUUUGUCAAGUGCAGAAGUUCUUAGUACUGAUGAAGGGGAGAGUUCAGUCUCGGAAGAAAGUGAUCUUGAAGAAAUGGGUAAAAACAUUGAAAAUAUGUUAGCCAAUAAGAAAACAUCGAUUCAGUUAUCUUUGGAAAGGGAAGAGCAAGAACGUCAAGAAUUGAGAAAGAUGAUAAUGGGAGAAGGCGGUUUAUCAGAAGCUGAUCGAAAAAAGAAAAAAGAUGAAGAUGAAUCAGUUCCUAGCAACACAUGCCCGCCAGGUCGCGUUUUAAGAAUUUCUCGAACAUUUCGAGAACCUGAAGGCAAGGAAUAUACAAGGGUGGAAAUUGUACGUAGAAUUCCUGUUAUAGAUGCAUAUGCAAAAAUUAGAAGCACCAAGGAUGAAGCAUUUAUUCGGCAAUUUGCCACUCUUGACGAUGCACAAAAGGAAGAAAUGAAACGGGAAAAACGUCGAAUACAGGAACAAUUGCGUAGGAUAAAACGUAAUCAAGAAAGAGAAAGGUUAUUAGGGAGAUUGCCACCAGACAAUAAUCCUUCUACACCAUCAUCAUCGGAAAGAAGCAGUACUACAUCGAUGACAACGCCACCAGUGUAUUCAAAUACUACACCUAGUCCAACACGAUUAAAGAAAAUGAACGAUGAUUCUCCACGACGUAGGAAGACAAAGUUAAAACCUGAUCUCAAAUUGAAAUGUGGAGCUUGUGGAAAUGUCGGACAUAUGAGGACUAAUAAGGCCUGUCCACUGUACACUGGCACAAUGUUGAAUUCUCAAUUCAAUGUGGCAAUGACUGAAGAACAAGAAGAGGAGAUCCAGAAGGAAUUUACUGCGGACGAUGAGGAUUUAGUUAACGUCGAAGGAACCAAAGUUAAAUUAUCAGGGAAAUUGUUGAAGCAAUGUGAAGAAAUUAAACGUCGAUCCCUUUUAUUAAAAGUACCUAAAGAAGCUAUGGGUCGGAAACGCAAACGGCCAGGAACUGAUGUACAUUGCGAUUAUUUGAAGAGACAUCAAAGACCUGCAAAUAGAAGACGUACUGAUCCAGUGAUUGUACUGUCUACGAUUUUAGAAUCAAUUCUAAAUGAAAUGAGGGAUCUGCCUGAUGUGCAACCCUUUUUAUUUCCUGUUAAUGGCAAGCUUGUUCCAGAUUACUAUCGAAUUGUGCAACAACCAAUGGAUUUGCAGACGAUUCGAGAAAAUUUACGACAGAAAAAAUAUCAUAGCAGAGAAGAAUUUUUGGCGGAUGUAAAUCAGAUUGUAGAAAAUUCAGCCCUGUAUAAUGGUUCGAAAACAUCUUUAACUGUUGCUGCUCAAAGACUUCUUGCUAGAUGUGUAGAACGUCUUGGGGAGAAAGAGGAACGACUGAUGCGAUUAGAGAAAGCUAUAAAUCCACUACUUGAUGAUAAUGAUCAGGUUGCUUUGACAUUCAUCCUUGAAAAUUUUGUAAAUUUGAAACUAAAAGUCAUGCCGGAAUCAUGGCCAUUCUUAAAACCGGUCAAUAAGAAACAAGUUAAAGAUUACUAUACUAUUAUUCAACGGCCGAUGGAUCUGGAGACAGUACUGAAAAAAGUUCAAGCUCACAAAUAUCAUAAUCGGGAAGAAUUUUUAGCUGAUAUAAAGCUUAUAGAAUCGAACUGUGAACAGUAUAACGGUCCAGAUUCUAGUUUCACAAAACAAGCUAAAGCAUUAGUAGAAUUCACAAAGUCUGCGCUUGAUGAGUUGGAUGUUUCACAAUUAGAAGCUAAUAUAUUAAUAGUUCAACAGAGGGCAAAAGAACAGGCUGAGUUGGAUGGCGUUUGGGGGGAUGAGGAUAACUUUACCAUUGCUGAACCUGAGUUCAAGCGACUACAGACGGAUGACAAUUCUACUCAUAGUAUUGGAAACGACGAUUUUGACUUUGUUGAUAUUGAAGGCGAAGGAACAGCACAUUCGGGCAAUAGGUCGAAUUUCAGUGACAUCAAAAGAGGACGUGGCAGGCCCCGUAAAAUCAGGGAGAAUUCAGAAGAAGUUAAAAUUGGACCCAAAAGAGGUAGAGGACGGCCACGUAAAAAUACUAUAAUUACCAUUAAUUUUUUAGACUUACAAUAUUCUACAGAUGAUGAUGAAUUUGAAGAAGUGCCUUUUAGUGAUAGUGAAAGUCAAGCCGAGAAUAAUAGUUCAAAUAUUGGUAAUUCUAGCAACUUAAGUAUGCCUUCAGCAGCUGUGAAGGAGGAAAACAUUACAAAUCAGAUGGAUGAUGAUAGCCAACAAGUGGCCGAGGCAAUGGUUCAGCUUGGCAUUGGGUUUUACACGCAAUCACAAGAUGAAAGUUUGGACGUGGAUCCAAACUAU